AUGACGCAAUUUUUACCGGAUAAUUUGUUGGCCUUAUUUGAAGCCCGACCGCCAUUACCGUAUAAACCACCACCUGAUGAAUUACUUAUUGAUCGGAAGCGACCAAAAAUGUCCGGCUUAUCCGAAUAUAUUCAUCUUUUUGAGGAUCCCAAAGAUACGCCGCCAAAACCAGUCUAUGAAACGAAAGAAGAAAGACGAGCUCGACGGCGGAAAGAAAAAGAAGAGCUGCUGGCAUAUAAGAUUGAACAGGGCAUUGCGACAUGGAGUCCGGCUCAAAAUCCAAGUGCAACCGUUGAUCCAUAUAAGACUCUAUUUGUAGCUCGAAUAAAUUACGAGACUUCGGAAUCGAAACUUCGACGAGAAUUCGAGCAGUUUGGAAAGAUCACUCGUCUAGCUUUAGUUCAUGAUAAGAAUGGGAAACCACGGGGUUAUGCCUUUAUCGAAUAUCAGCAUAAAGAAUCGAUGUCAGUUACUGGCAUAUUUGUUGUUGUUGUUGUUUGUUGUUGUAAAUGGAAGGGCAGCAUUCGCUAUGAAUGGUCGUGCCUGUCUCUUGAAUGCACACAUACAUCAGCCAUGGAAGCUUACAAAAAAGCUGAUGGCAUGAAAAUUGAUGGAAGACGGGUGGUUGUUGACUAUGAGCGUGGCCGUACGCAGAAAUCUUGGUUGCCACGACGACUUGGUGGUGGUAAAGGUGAUACGCGACGUCUCCGUGAAUCGAAGGCUGUGCUUGAAGCAGCUGCAUUGGAAAUGGCUCAUGAGGACCGUGAUCAUCGAUCAUCAUCCACCCAUCGAUCAUAUUCGCAUGAUCGCGAUCGUGAACAUAAUGGUACAGUUUCAUCGAAUUCAAGGCGCCGCAGUCGUAGUCGUGAUCGUGAACGUGAUCGUGAUCGUGAUCGCGAUAGAGACCGUGAUCGGGAUUCAAGACGAUACGAUGAUCAUCGUUCGUCGCGCGACAGUCGAGGUGAUGGCGAUCGAGAUCGGGAAUACCGUGAUCGGGAUCGUGACCGGGAUAGAGGCCGUGAUUAUGAACGUCGACGUCAUUAA